AUGUCUGCCGAUACAGCAACUCAACCCAUCAAUACAGCAAACGCUGGUAAAGAUGCUGAUCCCAUACCUUUAACCAAGGUUGAUUCUGCAGUUCAAGGAUUAUCGAGUAGUCCUACUGAUGAGAAGAAAACCAUGGGUCAUCGGAGAACAAGUUCAAGUGCUCCUGGUGUGUGGAAUAUUAAUGACUUGGAGAAAGAGGGAAAGGAACUAGAGAUUGCGAAAGAAACUCAAAAGCUGAACUGGCGUAUAAAUAAAUCACCAAUGACUCUUGAGGAUCCGGAAAAGGGUUUCCUCAAGAAAUCUCUCACUACACCACCCGUCAAGAAGAUUGAUUUACAUUUCCCACUGGGAUUGGAGGUCACUGCGAGAAAUAUGAAGGGUGUUACAAUUAAGGAUGCAGUAGAUGCUAUUUACAAACAAUUCCGUAAGAAGGCCGAUGAUGAACUAGAAACUCCCGUCCUCGCAGGAUUUGAAUGGGAUAAAGAUGAAUCGUGGACUCGGCUCAUCGUACACUGCAAGAAAGAAGGAGCACCACAACCCAAGAAGAAGAGUAAGAAGGCCGGUAAAGAAGGAGAAGAAUUGUAGUUUCCCCACACUACACUUCCCUAACUACACCUCCCUUUCUGCACUACUCGUAGACUACACUUGUUGUUCGAAUAGAGCAUUGAUGGCGUGCGUGAUUAUGGAUGGAUUUUGCUUUGCUUUGCUUGCUUGCUAUCUAGGGAAUUGAUGAAUUUUUUGCUUGGGAUAUGGAUGGAUGGAUGGAUGGAUGGAUGGAUGGCUUCGGAUAUGGUAUUAGGUGGUUACCAUGAUAUUCUUCUCUCUCUCGCCAAUCAUGGCUUUACAAUACAUUGACGUGAUAUUUAUUGAGCUAGCUGGCAUGCUAUGCUAUCAUGAGAUGAUCAGAGUCUGGAAGAUGUUGACUGGCUGGUAGAUUUGUAUACUAGUUAGGAAUUCAAUACUUUGACUCCUGUUUCUUUCUUUUUUUUGUGUGUGUUUUUGAGGAUGAGUUGAUCCUUGGUGUAUGAAUUGAAUUGAAUUGAAAUGUGAUAUCCAGCUGGAGUCCAGUAUGUAUUGAUGUGUACACUUACCUAGUAUUUCUCUUUAAUUCCAGAGGUUGUUGGAGGGAGAAUUUUGCUUGGUGGUGUGGGGUAAGCAAGUGAAUGAUUAGCGGGUAAGGGAAUUGAGAAUUGUGGUUUAUUAGCCGAUUGAUCGUUGUUUGAAUCUGAUAGGGUUGGGAUUUAUUAUAUAUUUGGGAUUAAAUUUGUUUAUUACGAAUUUGAAUUCUUGAGUGAUUUGUGGGUGAUUUUGAGUGAUUUGUAAGUGAUUUGUUUGUUAUUUAGGGGGUUGUUUUUUAUAGAUUGGGUUGGAAUGAGUUGGGU